CACAGAGGCGUGGGGCUCACCGGGGGCGGACCGGCAGCAGCAGCAGGAGUGGCAGCGGCGGUACUUCUCGGAGAAAAGACGUCGUUUCUUGGUUAGGGAGGGGGGACUGUUUAGGACCACUGAGAGGUGCAGUUUAUUUUGUCAGCCGUGGAAAGGGAACUCCUUCACGGUCAAAUUUGGGAGUACUGUAACCUGUGGUGGGGAGGAAGGGAGAAACAUGCACCCUCAGUCCGAGUCGGUGCGCCGCGCAGUCCGCCUCCGACGCUGGUGAUGCCCUCCGUGCGGGGAUCACCGCCCAGCAGCAGCAGCAGCAGCAGCAGCAGCAGACGGAGGAGGAGGUCAGGACAACAGGGCGCCGGGGGGCCGAUGAUGAUGAGGUUAAGGUCGGGAUCAUGGCUAACGGAACCGGCACUAUCAUGUUAAAAUGCGUCGUGGUUGGAGACGGCGCAGUGGGCAAAACGUGUCUUCUGAUGAGCUAUGCCAAUGACGCCUUUCCAGAGGAGUAUGUACCCACAGUCUUUGAUCAUUAUGCAGUGAGUGUAAACGUCGGUGGAAAGCAGUACUUGCUGGGACUGUAUGACACAGCCGGUCAGGAGGACUACGACCGCCUCAGGCCGUUGUCCUACCCUAUGACCGAUGUCUUCCUCAUCUGCUUCUCUGUGGUUAACCCUGCCAGUUUCCAGAAUGUGCGUGAAGAAUGGGUACCGGAGUUGCAGGAGUAUGCACCCAGUGUCCCCUACCUGCUCAUCGGCACUCAGAUUGACCUUCGUGAUGACCCCAAGACCAUUGCCAAACUGAAUGACAUGAAGGAGAAGCCCAUCGCCACUGAGCAAGGACAGAAACUAGCGAAGGAGAUUGGUGCAUGUUGCUAUGUGGAAUGUUCAGCUUUGACCCAGAAGGGCCUGAAGACGGUGUUCGACGAGGCUAUCAUUGCAAUCCUGACUCCCAAGAAAAAGAAGGGAGCUCUGAAGAGAAGACUGGGACCCCGCUGCAUCAACUGCUGUCUGAUCACGUGAUACAUACAGAUCAUUCAGCAGCCAACCAUAAACCAAACCUGGACUGAAGGCAAAUGACAAAUGCACAAAAGAGAGGACUAAAAAAGACAAAGCAAGAACUACUUUUAAGCUGCAGGGCUCUUGAAAGGCCAUAACUCUCUCCUGCUGUCCAACACAGGUUCAGGAUGCAGUUUACUACCAAAGGAGCACAAAGCCCAAGUCAAUCUCUUCUUCAAAAAAAGACUUUUUGCUUCAAAAGUACUUUCUUUUAUAACCAUUUUUAGUCAUUUUUCCUGUUGUACAAAAUUGUUGUAAGCUGUCAUACAAAAAAAAACACAAAGACAUUUCAGUUUCAAGAGAAAUACUACAUUUUAAGGAGUUCAUAUUACUUCUAAGGUUUUGGAAGCUAGAUUAUUGGUUUGUGAAUUCCUCAAUAAUAAGACUGUCCAAAUCAGGAGCAAGGACUUACAGCAGAUAAAUGAUGACAGGCUAACUUAAAUGACACUGUGACAGUGGCCAGGAUACAUUUCUGGACAAAAUGGUCCAGUUAUUUUGGUUUUAAAACAUGCUAAAAAGGCUCUUUUGGCCCACAAAGUCUGUCUCCAAUUACAGUUGAGUACCUGCAAAUUAAACCACAUAAGGAAGCUUUUGCAUUGUGUGGGGGAUAACACAAAUGAGUGAAAUGCUGUUCAGUCAAAACAUUUUGGACCUAGAACUGUGCUACUAAGUUUGAGGCUCUUGUUUUUGCCUUGUGAAAACCCCAUCCCAAGUGUGGCAUGCCAAAACACACUUUAAGCUGGGGCUGAGGUCUUCAUCAGGAAUGGAAAAAGUCUAUUAUCCAUUUUGAAAAUAUAUUAUAUAAAGUUUAUGAUUCUGUAUCUCUAAAAUAGAGAUGAUCUAGUCUGUGCAAAUAUUAUUUUGUCAAAUGAAAGCUUUUUUUGUUUUAAUUUUGUUAUCCUGUAAUAAUGUAUUACCAUUUCAUCACCUUUAAGAAGGUUUAGAAGAGAGAAGAAGAGGGAUCUCAUUUUAGAAAUGAAACUGAUUCCUAUCCAACAUCCAAAGAAUCAAAUGUACACUUUCAUCAUGGCUAAGGUGACCCAAGAGUGUAUAUCUAAUGCACAACGUGAAGCACAGUCAGCGCCAAUUCAUUUCAUGGCACAACAAAGCACAUUCCUUUGCUUUUAAACACUCCCUCUCCCAAAAAAAUCUGAUUGAAGCACAAAAGAUGCAAGCUGUUCCGUCAGGCACAAUUCUGAGCAUAGCACACCGUCUUACUACGCAAUCAUAGUCCUUUAAGGGUCUAAAAUGAUUACAAAUAUCAGCUUUUCAUUAAAUAUGGUCAAACCUUUUGGUACAAGAAAUUUUUGCAGGCAUUUGCUCCAGCUAUUUGUAAGUUCAAAUUUGGCCUAUUUUUAAUGUAAGUGUUCAGUAAGUGGAGACUUACACAUCACUAAAUGUAAGCGGCUUGCAUUAAAACCAACUUGUUCUUAUAUUGAGAUUAGUUGUUACCAAAUAUUUACACCCAGGCGUAGCUGUUGCAUAGCGUUAGCUAGCUGAUUCAACUGACAAAGCUAGCAUUAGCUUGCAAAGAUAUGACUCGUUUUAAAUGUAAAUGAGUAAAAGAGGUAAUGAUGGAAUAGGGUUGACUUAUUUGACUUGACAAUUUCAAAUUUCAGUUUACUAAAACAAUGAAAUAUAGCCCAAAUUACAAAAUGUUAUGCUAAGUGACAUAUUUCCUACUCAUUCUGAACUGUAUGAAUACUACAAAUAACACGUUUCUCUCCUUAUAUGCAUAUGCAGUGUGAAUACAAAGUCACACCUACAUUUACAAAGUAUCAACACUUAAGUUUAAUGCAUCACUUGGCUCCCUAAAACUGUUAUUUUAAUUAUGCUUCAGCCCUUGAUGCUACACUGACUUUCUACAGAUGUUUCCUAGCAAACCGAUAUGUACACAUUACUGAAGUCUUUACUAGCUAAGAAGUUUUAAUGGCGCAACCCAAUUUAGUAAAUCACUGAUCUGAAACUAGCAAGUAGUCACUGAGAACGCACUCACAAACAUGCGAUGGAUUUAUGAAUAGCUGGUGCAACCCAGUCUGUAGAUGUCCAAUAGAGUUUGAAUUAAAAUUAUUAACAAAUUUUAAAGUUAUUCGGGCAUCACAUGACAGCUGUGAUGGGUUUUAUAUAUUGUAUGGAAACAACACGUUUGACCACCACUCGUGCCAAUUUUGUCCUUGCAGAAACACAAAAAAAAUGAAUAAGAAUUAAUUUAUCCAUGUAAUGUCACAUCCAUCCAACAUUUCACAUUUAGAAAAUAUGUGAAGUUUACCAGGAUUUAGAGAAUGGUUUGGAUAUCUAUGAGCCCCCUAAAACUAAUUGUAUGCAACAAAGGUGUCAAGCCUACAUGACUACAAUACUGUAGGUAAUUGCUUGAGGUUUUGACUGAACUUUUCUUGCAAGCCAAACAUUCAAAAUAUCAGUUCUUCUUGUUUUUAUGCAUUUGUUAUUGGCUUUUUCUAACUUUUUUUUAAAAGAUAUUAAUGAAAGGUGCCAACUGUUGCUAAAUGACUUCUGUUCACUUUCUGUUCAGAGUCAGAUAUGAUGAUUGAUUAAAGCUUUAAUGUAAAUGGUGCUCUUCCUCUCUGUCCUAGUCUGCGUUGUGUAAACUGUCUUUUUGAGCAGCAGAGUGGAUAGCAGGGUGAACAGCCUUCUCUCUUAAGACAGUUAUGCUUGCUUAUAUUGUGUGAAGGUCCACCCUCAGGAUCCAGGACCUAAGUGCCGCAGCCACCAAUGCAUUCUCCCAUUGAUGCUCUUCUCUUCUCAAUAAAUGUGUUUACUGUGUUAAUAAA